AUGACGUCCAUGGUGGCAAAGAUGGUUGGGAAGAAAAUCCUGGGGGAGACACUGCAGAAUAAAUUUGGCAAAGAGGAUCCGUACUUUGAACAAGUCCCCGCGACGAGACUCAACGGAAAGCCGAGCACGACCAAGUUCAAAAAAGUCAGAAGAGCCCUGCCGCCAGGGCUCUCCGACCACGAUGGCCAGGUCCUCACAAAGGUCAAGCGUCGCGCUUACCGCCUGGACUGUUCCCUGUUUACAUUUCUGGGCAUCAAGUUUGGAUGGGGCAGUGCCAUUGGGUUGAUUCCAGUUGCUGGCGAUGUAGUGGAUUGCCUCUUGGCGCUCAUGGUCAUGCGCACAGCGGACCAGAUCGAAGGCGGUCUACCUUUCUUUCUGAAGUUCCAGAUGCUCCUCAACAUCGCGUUCGACUUUGCCAUUGGCCUUGCGCCGUUCGUCGGCGACCUGGUGGAUGCCAUGUUCAAGGCCAACACGCGCAACGCGGUGCUGCUUGAGGCGCACCUCCGCGACCAGGGACAGAAGAACCUCAAAAAGGGAAACCUGCCCAUCCCCGACGUCGACCCGAGCGAUCCCAAAGAGUUUGACCGCAAUCAGAUUGACGACAGACGCGACCGCCGAGACCACCACGAUCGCCGCGACGACCCACCGGCAUACCGCACGCAGCACGCAGCCUCGGCGCAGGAGGCCGGCGUGACGGGCGCCUCGCGCGCCGAUACCGUUCCCGUGACGUCGCCGCAGGAGGCCCGCGUUCGCGAGAGCAGAGGCUGGCUGGGACGCAGCAAAAAGCGACCGGAUGACGUCGAGACCGGCAACACGAACAGUAAAUCCAGCCGACGCGGAAAAUAA